CCUUCGCGGUUCCCAGUUGCCCACCGGCAGCGACUAGUAGUAGUGGUAGGACAGCUCGCUGCUCCUCCUCCACCGCGCCUACUGAGGGCGGGGAAGGGCGAUGGGCCGCGCCUUCCUCCACCGCGCGCUGGUCCUCUCGUCGCUGCUCCUCCUCGCCUCCGGCGAGAUCUUCUUCGAGGAGCGAUUCGAUGAUGGGUGGGAGCACCGUUGGGUGAAAUCUGAUUGGAAAAGGAGCCAAGGACAAGCUGGAACAUUCCGGCACACAGCGGGAACCUAUUCUGGAGAUCCUGAUGAUAAAGGUAUACAAACAACUGGGGAUGCCAAACAUUUUGCUAUAUCGGCAAAAUUCUCAGAAUUUAGUAACAAGAACCGAACAUUAGUGGUCCAGUACUCGCUAAAAAUCGAGCAGGAUAUUGAAUGUGGCGGUGCUUACAUCAAACUCAUGUCUGGCCAUGUCAACCAGAAGAAAUUUGGUGGCGACACACCUUACAGCUUCAUGUUUGGGCCUGAUAUAUGUGGGGAUCAGAAAAAGAAGCUCCAUCUCAUACUUUCGUACCAGGGGCAAAACUACCCUAUCAAGAAAGAUUUAAAAUGUGAAACAGACAAGUUGACACAUUUUUACACAUUUGUUCUCAGACCUGAUGCCACUUAUAGCAUCCUUAUUGAUAACCGGGAGAGAGAAUUUGGGAGCAUGUACACUGACUGGGAUAUCCUUCCUCCUCGUAGGAUCAAAGAUGUUAAUGCAAAAAAGCCAAAAGAUUGGGAUGACAGGGAGUAUAUUGAAGAUCCUGAUCAAGUUAAGCCAGAGGGAUAUGACUCAAUUCCUAAAGAGAUACCUGAUCCUAAGGACAAAAAGCCUGAGUCAUGGGAUGACGACGACGACGGUAUAUGGAAGCCUAGAAUGAUACCGAAUCCAGAAUACAAGGGACCAUGGAAGCGGAAGAAAAUUAAGAAUCCUAACUACAAAGGAAAGUGGAAGACCCCAUGGAUUGACAAUCCAGAGUUUGAGGAUGACCCGGACCUAUACGUUUUGAAACCUUUGCAGUAUGUGGGGAUUGAAGUCUGGCAGGUCAAAGCCGGUUCUGUUUUUGACAACAUUUUGAUUUGUGAUGAUCCGGACUAUGCAAGACAUGUUGUAGAUGAAACUUUUGCUGCAAAUAAGGAGGUACGCACACGAUAUGUUGUGAUCCAUGAUGUCUCCCACUGGGAACCCUUUGCUCAGUUUAUUUAUGUACUGCAGGCUGAAAAGGAGGCCUUCGAAGGAGCUGAAAAGAAGAGGAAGGCUAGAGAAGAAGAGGAAGCACGGCGGGCGCGGGAGGAAGGGGAGAGACGAAGGCGAGAGAGGGAUAGGGACCGUGGCAGGGAUCGUUACAGGGAUAGAUAUAAGCGUCAUAGGCACUACGACUACCAUGACGAGCUAUAGAUCUUGCACCUUCGAAAUCUGCUGGGCAUCAGUUGUUCGUCUAUGGAAAGGGGCCUUCAUGAUUGUGUUAAUAAGAUGUGCCACUUUGUGGCAAAGAUAUUUGAAGUCCUUGGCCGUACUGUUACAGUCAUGGAGACGGAGAGCACACGCUGAAUUUGUAUGUUGCACAACCUGAAUCAGACUGAAACUGUGAUUCCGUACAGAUUCAACCCGCCCCACCGCGGCUGUAACUAAAUUUCCACGUUGGCCAUGAAAUGUGAGCUGUAGCCUGUAUGUUCUUGUACUCUUAUGUUUACCACGUCGUGUUACAUUCACGCUGCAGAUGUUGAGAAACCUUUCAUUUUUAAUUUCAUUUUUGUCGUUGCUCUGCUUUCA